CCCGGCGGGGGUUCGUCCCCGGGCACCUUCCCCCCCCCGCAGCACCCCGGUAGCCCCGGCCCCCGUUGCCCAGGCCCAGGCCCCGGGCGGGCCGCGGCGGGGCGGUGCCGCCGGAGGAGGAGGAGGAGAGGGAGGCGGCAGCCGGGCUCCCCUCCCCGCGCCGCCGCCGCCGCUGCUACCGCCACCCUGGGCCUGGGCCUGGGCCCGUGCAGGCCGCGCCCGGCCCGGCGGGGCUUUGCCGUGGCCGGGCGGAGGCGGCGGGGCCGGGCCGGGCGGUUCGCGGAGCCGCCAUGAAGCCGAGCGGAGAGGAGCCGGUCCUGCUGGCAGAGCUGAAGCCGGGUCGUCCCCAGCGCUACGACUGGAAAUCCAGCUGCGAGACCUGGAGCGUGGCCUUUUCCCCCGAUGGCGCCUGGUUCGCCUGGUCGCAGGGACACUGCGUGGUCAAGCUGAUCCCCUGGCCCCUGGAGGAGGCCGAGCUUUGCAAAACCUCGGAGCGCAAGAGCCGCGGCGGCAAAGCGGAGGGAAGGAGCCGAGGGGUGGCCAAGGAGAAGACGCUGGAGUGCGGCCAGAUCGUGUGGGGCCUGGCCUUCAGCACCUGGCCGGCGGCAGAGGAGACGGACCCUGCCUGCGCCGUGGCUCUUCCCUGCCUGAUCCUGGCCACCGGGCUCAACGACGGGCAGAUCAAGGUCUGGGAGGUGCAGACAGGACACCUCCUCUUCAGCCUCUUGGGGCACCAGGACGUCGUCAGAGACCUGAGCUUCGCUCCCAAUGGAAGUCUUAUCCUGGUGUCGGCCUCACGGGACAAGACCUUGCGUGUCUGGGACCUGAGCAGAGAUGGGCGGCAGGUCCAGGUGCUGUCAGGCCACGUGCAGUGGGUCUACUGCUGCUCCAUCUCCCCAGACUGCAGCAUGCUCUGCUCCGCUGCUGGAGAGAAGUCGGCGCUGCUGUGGAGCAUGCGGUCCUACACCCUCAUCCGAAGGCUGGAGGGACACCAGAGCAGCGUGGUGUCGUGUGACUUCUCGCCAGACGCGGCGCUCCUCGUCACCGCCUCCUACGAUGCCUGUGUCAUCAUGUGGGACCCCUACACCGGGGAGCAGCUGAGGACACUGCGCCACGUCCCCUUGCACUCGGCGGUGGACUACAGCAGCGAGGUCCACACCAGCUCCCUGCGCUCCGUCUGCUUCUCUCCUGAGGGCCUCUACCUGGCCACCGUGGCGGAUGACAGGCUCCUAAGGAUCUGGGCGUUGGAGCUGCGGUCUCCGGUUGCGUUUGCUCCCAUGACCAACGGCCUGUGCUGCAUGUACUUUCCACACGGCGGUUUCAUUGCCACAGGGACCAGAGAUGGCCACGUCCAAUUCUGGACUGCUCCAAGGGUCCUCUCGUCGCUAAAGCACUUGUGUCGCAAAGCUCUGCGCACCUUCCUGACAACGUACCAGGUCCUCGCGCUCCCCAUUCCCAGGAAGCUGAAAGAAUUCCUUACUUACCGGACCUUUUAAGGCAGCGCGGAAAGCGGAGGGAUGGAGGUGACAACCCUCUGCCUGGUGACGGGGCUUGGCCUGGGUCAGAGGAGGCACCGCAGCAACGACGUCUCGCUGAUUUGUGAGCCGUGGGGCAGGAGGAUUGCUGCUCCCCUUGUUUUGGGGCUGUGUCCGUGAACACGGAGGGAUUUUUUGGUAUAAUAAUACUAGAACCCAGCAAAACUGCGCGCAGAGGGCAAGGGACACAGGUCCCCCUGUCCCCCUGUUAUCCGCAAGUUUUGGGUCAGGUGCUUUUGCUCCCAAGUGCAAUGUUGUGGGUUGAGGGUUAGAAGCUGCAGUCUGAGCGGAGCUUUUGUUGUUUGUACGAAUACGGGGGCUACAACCGUCCCUGACAAAACCGACCCUCACCGGGACCGGCUCGUACUGUAGCUUAGUUCCUGGAGGAACACGGGCUCUGUGUGAGCCGGACAAACCUGAGCAGGUCUCUGCGGACUAGACAGCAGCGAUGACAGAAUAAAAAAAAAAAAAUUGAUUCCUCA